AAGAUGUUCCCGAAACAUUCCCCGAUCCUGGUGUUUUGCCUUUUCCUGGGCGUUUCCCUGGCGUCCAAGCUACAUAUUCCGAUUAGACCAAACUCCCACAUCCAGGAGUUGCAGGUGGAGAGCAAUGAACUGGCAGCAACCCACUCGGACAUCUCCAACAGGUGCUUCCAGAUCUAUCGACCACUUUUGGAGAACGUUGCGGCGCGUUAUGAGACCAACUUUGAAGCCUGCAUAACGGGCUAUGACAAUUCCACGGCCGUGGUCAAUGCGAAGUACUCAGGUGAUCGCCAGAAUAUCUUAAAGGCUGCCGACAUUGGCUGCGCUAGCCCCAAUUCAUACUGCACCUGCUGGACACCGGAGAAACAGGACCUGGACAUCGUGGUCUCACGCCUCGAAUGCGCCUCUAAUAAAUCUGCGGAGAGCUCCAAGACCUUCUACGGCAUUUCGGCCAAUGCCACGGAGAUUGCUGUCAAGAUCAAGGAGGAAUAUCGUGUUCUGGAGUCCCGUAGAGAAAUUUGCGAGAAUAAUGCCGAGCGCACCUAUGUGGAGGACACAGCCGACACCUAUGAGAGGUUGAACAACUGUCUCAAGGGAAUCCCCGACACAACCAUCCGAACUACCACACCAUACCAUACCACGUUCUAUACCACACCACUUCCACCCACUGCAGCGCCAGCAGUUAAUUAGUUUAGAAAAUGUAAAUGUAUUCAAGAGCAAAAUAAAGAAAAAUCAGGCAAUCUAA